GCAAUUACUUGUCAAAACAAGUGCUAAAUAACAUAACCAAACAUAUCCGUAUAAAGAAAAUAGUAUUCUAUGUUAUAGUUUGGUUUAGCUCAGAAAACACUUGGAUCGUUUGUGUAUUAGUUAUUCAUACCGUGCACAUUAGAUAUUUAUGCUUUUCUGGAAGUCCAUCUCUGCAGGGGAGGAAUUGCAGAUCAAGAAUGUCUUAUGCAGGUUCUGGAGAUGAUCAAAGUGAGGAUGGUGAGUUGAGGCAAAGUCCGGUGGACACGAAGGCCAAGGGAGACACCAUGGAUUUCAGUCUGUCGGAGGAGGAUCCAGAUACAAUGGAUGGUUUGGAUAUAAAGCCACCUCAAGCGCACGCUGGACAGGCCUCUAGGAAGAGGAGAGAGGGUCAUGACAGACAUCAUAAGAGAUCAGAGAGACAUGGCAGGGAGGAGAGGCAUUCACACAGAAAACAUCAUAGAGAUCGUAAGGAGAGGGAGCAGCAACAUUAUCAAAGGGAGAAGGAGAGAUAUUACAAGGAGCAACAGCAGCAGCAGGUGGCAGCCUCUUACAAGGACAAUAGUUACAGUGAAGUGCAGUAUGUGAACGAGAGGGUAUACAGGGAAAGAAAGGAGGAGUCGUCGAGAAGACACGCCGAGAGAAAGUACGAGGAGAAGAAGAUGAAGGAGGCACGGUACUCGGAGAAGAUGCGCAGGGAAAAGUACGAGGAGGACAAAAGGUUGACGGGGGACAGAACGUUGCAGGACCUGAGGGAGAGAUUGCUCAACAAGAGGAACAGUGGCAGCAGCAAAGGUGAAGAGGAUUACGUGCGAGAGAAGCAGGAGCACAGGGAUAAAAAGUACAGCGAAAAUCCGGACAGCGUCCUGCAAGGGGAAUCGGGGAUGUACGUGAAGGAAAUCAUCAGCAUCAGCACAAACGAGGACAGGAAGCACAGACGGAGCGGUGGCGGCGGCGGCGGCGGUGGUGAUGAUACAAGAUACAACAGCAGGAUGGACGACGACAAGUUGACGGAAGAGGAGAGGGCCGAACAGGAUUUGCGCAGGGAGAAGCUGCUGGAGGCUGAACGCGAGAUGGCCAGGCAAAAGGAGCAGAGAGAACGUCGCCAUCUGGAGAAGCAAGUGAGGAAACGACGCAUCAUGGAGGACAUGAUGAACCACAAGCGGUUGAAAAGUGACGAUAAUGUCGUAGAGGUAUCAGACAACUCGGAAGACGAAGAGGUGGAGGAGGAAGCUGAAUCGGAUUAUGUCGAGGAUGAGGAGGAUGACGGCGUGGAGGAAGAUGGGGAACACCGCGAGAGGAGCGAGGCUGAGUCGAGUGCACGCGAAGGCGACGAGGAAGAGGACGAAUCACGAUCACCAUCCUCGGAACGUUCGCCGGUCUCGGUGCGCUCCGACAAUCAAAAAUCGACGCACAGCGACGGUUCAGUGAAAUCUCGUACGGCAAGUCCGAAGAGUAACGGAAUCGGUAAUGAUUAUGUCUUAGAGGAUGAGGAGGAGGAGGAAGAGGAAGAGGAUGACGAAAGAGCUGCAGCAGAGAAAGUAGCAAAGGUAGAUGGAUGCGCUGACGACGAUGGUGAAGAGGUGCGUAACGCGCAGGAAGAAACCGAGAAAAAGAUCGACGAAGAUCUGCCACCUUACUUCCCUGCCAUCCAGGGUUGCAGAUCCGUCGAGGAAUUCCAAUGCUUAAAUAAAAUCGAGGAAGGUACUUACGGAGUGGUGUACAGGGCCAGAGACAAAAGGACCGACGACAUCGUAGCGUUGAAGCGGCUGAAGAUGGAGAAGGAAAAGGAGGGCUUCCCGAUAACGUCGCUGCGUGAAAUCAACACACUUUUGAAGGGCCAACAUCCGAACAUCGUGACCGUGCGCGAAAUAGUUGUGGGCAGCAACAUGGACAAGAUAUUCAUCGUCAUGGAUUACGUUGAGCACGAUCUGAAAUCACUGAUGGAAACGAUGCGCAACAAGAAGCAGACGUUCACCACCUGCGAAGUAAAGUGUCUUCUCUCGCAGCUGCUGAAGGCAGUCUCCCAUCUGCACGACAACUGGAUUCUGCAUCGCGAUCUGAAAACCUCUAACCUGCUUCUCUCGCACAAGGGUAUCCUGAAGGUGGGCGACUUCGGGUUGGCGCGCGAAUACGGUUCACCCUUGAAGGCGUACACGCCCAUCGUUGUUACGCUGUGGUAUCGUGCACCGGAGCUGCUGCUCUGCACCAAGGAGUACUCGACGCCCAUUGACGUGUGGUCGGUGGGCUGCAUCUUCGCCGAACUGCUUCUAAUGCACGCCCUCUUUCCGGGCAAGAGCGAGGUGGACCAACUGAAUCGAAUCUUUCGGGACUUGGGUACGCCCAACGAGAAGAUCUGGACCGGAUUCAACAAGUUGCCCGCGGUGCAGAAGAUGAAGUUCGCCGAGUAUCCGGUGUCCAAUCUGCGGCAGAGAUUCGGCAUGCUCGGCGAGAUCGGUCUAUCGCUGCUGAUGGGUUUCCUCACCUACGACCCGGAGAAGAGAAUCGCAGCCGAGGAGGCCCUCAAUCACGCCUACUUCAAGGAGGCGCCUCUUCCCCUGGAUCCUGCCAUGUUCCCCACGUGGCCUGCGAAGAGCGAGUUGGGUCAUAGGAAGGCCAUGGCUGCGGCCAGCCCCAAACCUCCAUCCGGUGGACGCGAAUUCAAGCAACUGGGUGGAGACGGUGACGACGACGGCUACGGAUUCAGAAUCGGCAUAUCCGCAGUGGACAGCAGAAGGCUCGCGAUGGGCGGCGGCUUCAGUCUAAAAUUUUAGUGAAAUAUAAUCCCGAGUAUAACUCCCUCUCUCUCCCCUUUUCAAUAUUUGGUGGAACAAAAUAAAAUUAAU